CGUUUUCGGGCUAACUGGGCAGAACGUCGUUGCCUUGAAAAAGCCACGUUCACUCUGGCCUGCGCGGCGUCAGCUGCAAGACAAGACAGGAUUCUUCUUCCUCGGGCUUCUGGCGUGAACAUAAAACGUCUUGAAAAACUCGGCAUUCGGGGAAGUAAAAUCUGAUGUGACCACCUUUCGCUCCCGUCACCUGAAAGUCAAGACAACAUGAGGAAGGGCGACCUCCUGAAGAAUCUUCAGCAGAAGCUGGACUUCGUGGACGGCACCAAGAGGGACAGCAUCAUACCUCCCGAAAAGUCGGAGGAGGUGUCCGGGCUCUUGCAUACUGAAGACGACGUCGAGGACACGAAAUGCGGCAUCGGCUUCUUCAAGCCAAAGUGGCUACAGUUCUUGGCACGGAAGGAGAUUUACAUUUUGGUGUACUGCUUAGUCGGAAUAACCCAGGGGAUGUUCUUCACUUACACCGUCGCAGUUUUGACAACGAUAGAGAAAAGAUUCAAGCUGACGAGUAAGCAGUCAGGAGUCUUCCUAGCAGGAAACGACAUCUCUCAAAUCAUCCUGUCGGUGUUCCUCGGUUACUAUGGCAACUACGGACACCGCCCGCGAUGGCUGGGCGUCGGAAUCACCAUCGCCGCUUUAUCGGGCUUCGCGGCCGCCUUCCCGCACUUCUUCUACGGGCCUGGGCAAGACGCCGUCGACAUAGCAGAGUUCUCUAUCCAGAGCAGCAUGGGAGGGGCGGCACACGUUGCGAAUUACACUUCGAAGGAAAAGGAGCAAGAAGUCUGCUACUUCCAACCAGACACUUGCGGGAAAGACACCAUUGGGGAAUCCUACCUGGGUCCUGUCAUCAUCUUCUUCCUGUCUCAGUUCAGCUUAGGGGUCACCGUCUCCCUGUUCUACAGCCUCGGCGUUACUUAUCUCGACGACAACGUCAACAAAAAGGUUUACCCCAUAUAUUACGCAAUUUCUUACAUGCUAAGAGUUCUGGGCCCCGUCACGGGGUUCUUCGUCGGCGGCAAGUGUCUCUCGGUGUGGAUCGACCCUUCCAAACAGCCCAAUCUCACGAGGAGGGACCCUAGAUGGUACGGUGCUUGGUGGAUAGGUUAUCUCUUCAUCGGGUGCAACCUUUUGUUCUGCGGCGCCCUCAUGCUGCUCUUCCCUAGGAAGCUCCCGGCCACCCUGAAGAGGGAGACGAAGAAGGUGAUAAGGCAGGCCAGGAAGGACGAGAAAGAAGGCAGCAGUCGAGGGGUCGAGUACUUCGUGUCCCUCGCCAAGAACAAGAAGGAGACACACGAGAAGCCGACCCUUCAAAAUCUAAGGAAGGCGUUCGUGCGCCUCUUUACCAAUAAGAUCUGGGUAGCAACCAUCUUCAACACAGUCGUUGCCGCGUUUGCUGGCGCAAGUUACUGGUACUUCAAACCGAAGUAUCUCGAAAGUCAGUUUCGAAAGAGCGCUUCUGAUUCUAGUUACUAUACAGGCCUGGUAGCCCUUGUGUCCAUGAUAUUCGGAACUGGCAUCGGUGGUGUGGUCAUGAGAUGGAUUCAUCCCGGGCCGAGGUUUGUCGCUGGGUACAACAUCUUCAUCACGUGUGUGACCACGGCGAGCUACAUUCUCAAGAUGUUCGUCGGGUGUCCGAAACUUAACGUCAUUGGUCCGAUAGAUGGCUCUGAAGCACCUCCAUGCUCAGCAGGCUGCGGAUGUUCCGACAGAUUCACUCCUAUGUGUUCCCAAGAUGGCAGUACACUCUUCUACUCGCCAUGCUAUGCCGGGUGCACCGUUGCCAAUACCUCAGCGAGUCCAAUAGUUUACAGCAACUGCCUCUGCAUCUCGAAUGCUACAGACCCUCUGAAUCAGGUUUUCUCUCAGGGAGAUUCUACAGGCACUGAUUCUCAGUUUUCCUUUGGCUACGGCAUCAGUGGUUAUUGUGAAGAACCCUGUAAUCAAUUCAUCUACUUCAUCGUCAUCGAGACAGUGGUGAGAAUUAUUGAGGCAACGGCCAGGGUGGGAAACUCUCUCAUCUACAUGAGGUGUACAUCGGACGAAGAUAAGAGCGUCUCCCUCGCUUUGAUGACCGUCUUCCUGAGCGUCUUCUCCUUCAUCCCGGCGCCCAUUGUUAUGGGGGCCAUUGUUGACUCCGUGUGUCUUGUGUGGGAUAAGGCGUGCGGCACUUAUGGAAACUGCUGGCUCUACGAUUCCGAAAAACUGCGAUAUAUCAUUCAUCUGGUCCCGGCGGGUUUGGUUCUCGUAUCCAUUCUGGGAGACAUCGUGGUCUACAUAUACAGCGAAAAUCUCGAUCUCUACGGGGAGAGAGAGAACAUCCUAGACGUUGGGAAAAACCUGGCCGAACCACCGGAGAAAGUUCCACUGAACAAGGUGGAACUGGAGAAACGGGAAGAGGCGAUAUACGGAACAGACCAAAACCUGAAAUAAAAUCUGGAAAGAUAGAGUUCGCCGGAUUCCCGAUAUUUUCUGGCGAAAUUCUCGGCUAUUAAAAGUUCGGAUUACGGAAUUGGACAGAAGGCUGAUUUCUCGUCUGCACCGCGGAAGAAGAAGAAAAAGAAGAAGAAGAAGAAGAUAUACGCCAAAAGGACUCAAAGUUCUCUUAUGGUUACUGGACGGAUUCUCGAUUAAAUUGUGAAUUUCAUUAGAUAUGGUCGGCAUUCCCGCAUUAAUUAUAAGGGAGAUGAACCAGACACUACUGUGUAUACGGCCGAAAUCUUUAUGAAAUCGUGUAAUCUAUGAUAAAAAACGAAAAGCUAGACAACGAACGAAGGAAAUGUUAAGGCAUCUGAAACGAAGGGGCCAGCUGAACCAUUUUAUUAACUAGAGAGAAACUCCAGGUCGAACAUUGUGAAGGUGUGUUCUUUAGGGACAUCUAUGAACAGUGUAUGUGACGGAGUGAAGGUGUCUAAGUGGAAAUAAUUUUAAGUAUAUUUGAGAAUAAACAGUCUCCAAUA